GGCGUCAUUAUAUUUUGCAUUGCAUUAAGUGAGAAAUCAUCAAACAAAAAAUAAAUAAUGGCUGCAGCAAUUGAUGGUGUCCUGCCCGCUACGUUGCAAGAAUUGGUCAAGAAAUCAAAAGUAUUAGUAGUAGGCGCUGGCGGCAUUGGGUGCGAAGUGCUCAAAAAUCUUGUGCUCAGUGGAUUUACGGAUAUUGAAAUUAUCGAUUUGGAUACGAUUGACUUAAGUAAUCUGAACCGCCAAUUCCUUUUCCAUCGCGAACAUGUAGGCAAGUCAAAGGCGCGUGUAGCACGUGAGAGCGCCCUCAGCUUUAAUCCUGAUGCAAACAUUACGGCUUACCAUGACAGUGUUACGUCCACUGACUACGGCGUUAAUUUCUUCAAGAAGUUUGAUGUGGUGCUCAGUGCCUUGGACAAUCGGGCGGCGCGAAACCACGUAAAUCGGAUGUGUCUCAAUGCAGAUGUGCCGCUCAUAGAGAGCGGCACCUCCGGCUACAAUGGUCAGGUGGAGUUGAUUAAGCGCGGUUUGACCCAGUGCUACGAAUGUACUCCCAAGGAGAAGCAAAGAAGUUUUCCCGGCUGCACCAUACGAAACACGCCCUCCGAGCCCAUUCACUGUAUUGUCUGGGCCAAGCAUCUGUUCAAUCAACUUUUCGGAGAGUCAGUUGAGGAUGAAGACAUCUCGCCUGAUGCAGCUGAUCCGGAGGCACAAGAAGCUGCAGCAGAAGCUAAAGAUACUGGUGCGGCUGGGGAUGCUCCUGAUGGGCUAAAGGAAAAGGAAUCAGAGCCUGCCACCGCCAAUGGAAACAUCGUUCGCAUCAACACUCGUCAAUGGGCCAAGGAUUGCAACUACGAUGCCGGCAAAUUGUUCAACAAGUUCUUCAACGAGGACAUCAACUAUCUGUUGCGCAUGUCGAAUCUAUGGAAAUCACGCAAAGCGCCUGUGCCCGUACAAUGGGAUACGCUAUUGGUUGACGGCGCCGGCUCUAAGGGGCCCGAGCUUGCGCGUCAGACGCACAAGAUUUGGUCACUAGAGGAGUGCGCACAUGUGUUUGCCAACGCGCUCAAAGAGCUGAGCGCUGCUUUUCUCAAACUGGAGGGCAACGACACAUUGGUGUGGGAUAAAGACGACCAGCCAGCUAUGGACUUUGUCGCAGCUUGUGCCAAUGUACGUUCUCACAUCUUCGACAUUGAGCGCAAGUCACGAUUUGAAAUUAAGUCAAUGGCAGGAAAUAUUAUCCCUGCCAUUGCUACGACCAAUGCGAUAACUGCAGGCAUCUCGGUGCUCCGUGCUUUCAGCGUGCUGCAGGCUAAGUGGGAGCAGUGCAAGGCUGUAUAUGCUCGACUCCGCCUCAAUGGCCGCAAUCAAUUUCUGGUGCCGGACGCCUUUUUCCCGGCCCCAAAUCCUAACUGUUAUGUGUGCGCCAGUGAUCCAGCCAUUACGUUGCGCAUCGAUACGAAACGCGUCCAAAUCAAAGCAUUCCGCGACGAGGUGCUCAUCAAGACGUUGAACAUGGUAAAUCCGGAUGUGACAGUCGAGUCCACUGGCUCCAUUCUAAUAUCCUCGGAGGAGGGCGAAACUGAAUGCAAUGAACAAAAGCUGCUGAGUGAUAUGAACAUCGUCGAUGGCGUUAUCUUGAAAUGCGAUGACUUCUUCCAAAGCUAUGAACUCAGCAUUAUCAUCUCGCACUUCGAUGCGGAAAGGGACGAUGUCCUAUUCGAAGUAAUUGCCGAUAAAAACCAACUCCAGCCCAAAGAGGAGAAACCUGAAGAGCCCGAGGCGGAACCGAGCUCUCGUAAGCGUGCGGCAAAUGGUAACGAUGCGACAGACGAUGGUCCCUCAACCUCGAAGCGAAGUCGACCAACGGAGGUGGAGGAUGACGAUGAUGACUGUCUCGUUGUUGAGGAUGAUGAUGAUGCUGAGGAGAAAGUGCAGGAGAGCGUUGAGGAUACAGUUGCRGCUGCAACAAAUAAACUAACGGUAGACUGCCCACAGAAAACCGCAACAAAACGAAAGCCUAGCAAGACGUUGGAUGAUGAGGAUGUUGAGGACAUAACUGAAAUAUUAGAUUCUUCGGAUGAAGAAGUUGUCGGUCCCACUAAGUGCAAACGCACAAAGCUAGAGGAGACAAGGGCGGGCGAAGUAAUCAAUAUCGACUAAUAUUAUUAGUAAAGCGAUUCUAUGCAAUUCUCAAAAAUAA